AUGGUACCUGCAUUCCUGCAGCUCGGUUCCGCGAACGGAGACCAUCCGCUGCGCAUCAUGAAAGCUGCUUCGACAGCUGAUCCUUCGGAUGUGCGUGGCAUCAUGGGGUCCGCGCCCGCCAAGCAGGCGACAAGGCGGCAGCGUGGGACGCCGAGUGUUGUUGCCUCUGCACAGGGAAUGACAUCUCUCCAAGACGGAGGAGUGCGGAUAUCCAGAGCCGCGUCGCGUGUUACCCCACGCAGAGGAGCGGCUUGGCUCCUUCACGGGCUUCCUACCGAGGCACCGCCCCAAGAUUCUGGUGGCUUGCAUCUCGAGAAUCUGUCCUUCAUCUCGGAUGAGAAGGCACCGGCAAACAGCAAGAAUUCUCAGGUUGUAGCCCACUCCUCGGAUGAGUACGGCUACGGCUCGCAGACUAUACAACAAGCUUCAUUGGAACACGAGGAAUCCCUCGCUCCGGGCCGCUCAACUGGAUCCUUCCAACGGCCGAAGAGCUGCAGCGCAAGAUUCAUCAGCUCAGUUGCGGGCAUGGACUACUUCCGAGAGGAACACUCAAAGGUUUUUGGACGCAUCCCCUGGUCGUUGUCGUCUGAGCACAGUGUUGAGUUGGACCUCGCCUUGCUUUGUCAUGGGUUCGAACAAUUUGGAGUCCACGAAAUCUGUUCAGAGAAGGCUUCGAGACAGACCACGCGGUCGGCCAUCGGAAGACAAUGA